UCCCUGCCUGUCCAGAGGGCAGUGGAAAUAAAGAGAGAGUUAACGGGGAUCCAAGAAGUGGCAUGUUACAGCACAGCAGUUUUUUCCUGGCUCUUCUUCUUCACGAUGUUCUUUGGGAUUUUAAUAAGAUGCGUGUGUGUUUCCCGAUAAGCAGCUUUCUCCUCGCCGUCAACUUUUACUGUCAGCUGCUUCGAGCUCAGGAUCCCUCCUGCUGCCAAUAUGCUGCUGAGUUAUCACCCUGUAAAGAAGCUUGUGACCAGCUUGCGACCAUCAAAAGUGAGUCACGCCUAAAGCAUCUCCUCCAGAGGUUACCCAAUUACUGUCCUGAGUCUCUGAAUGAGCUCUGGAUGUGCAUCAACUCUACACUCCCAGGUGUUUCCAAGAAGUCUGAUGGUUGGGUUGGGCUUGGUUGUUGUGAGCUAGCCAUCGCAGGAGAGUGUCGUAGAGAAUGCAAACAGGCAUCAUCUAAAAAUGACAUAACAAAAGUAUGCAAAAAGGUCACCGAGAACUCUCUCUACAGCUGCAUCACCAAAAAUGAAAUGGGUUCGGCAUGCUGUGGUUUUGUGGGCCGUCACACCAACUGCAGGGACUUCUGCGAUGCCAUAUUCAGGACAGACUCGACGCCAACAGAAUCCCAAAUCAAGACCGUCAAAGACUUCUGCAAGAGUCACAGCCCUAAGCUCGUCGAAUGCGUCAACAACUUCACCGAGUCCUACCCUGCUCGCAGCCCCAUAGACAGUUUGUACUGCUGCGACCGAGCUGAAGCCCCAAACUGCCAGACUGCCUGCCGCCAUCUCCUCCGCACCAUGAAUACAGACCAAGAGAUCAUGGAGGGCCUUAUUAAGGAGUGUGGCACCCAGCCCCUCCCUCAGGAUCCAAUGUGGCAGUGUUUCCUGAGCAGAGCUCACCCUCCUUCCCCACCCGAGGAAGAGACCCCCCAUCCAGCCAAGAUGGACUGCGCCAAGCUGCACUGCUGCUCAAAAGCAAACACGUCAGUCUGCAGGGAAAAGUGUCACCAGAUCAGCACCCACUGGGGCAGCCAGACGUGGCAAGACUUUGAUCAGUUGUGUGAGUACAACCCAAUGGAGAUGGAGCUCAUCAACUGCCUGGCAGAUGUCAGAGAGCCAUGCCAGCUGGGCUGCAAGGACCUGACUUACUGCACCAACUUCAACAACAGGCCCACAGAGCUGUUCCGUAGCUGUAACAUGCAGUCAGACCAAGGUGCCAUGAACGACAUCAAGCUGUGGUCCAACGGGACGAUCAAGAUGCCCUUCAUGAACAUCCCAGUCCUGGACAUCAGGAAGUGUCUGCCAGACAUGUGGAAGGCGGUGGCCUGCUCUUUGCAGAUCAAACCCUGCCACAGCAAAUCCAGGGGGAGUGUCAUAUGCAAGUCAGACUGUGUGGAUAUUCUGACCAAGUGUGGGGAUAAGAAACGCUUUCAUGAAGGACAAACCCCAGAGAGGCUCUGUGAGGUGCUGUCUCCCAUCGAUGACCCUGAACGCUGCAUCCCCCUCCACAGAUAUCUCACACCAAGUUCACUGAGCAACACCAUAGUGGAGGAGAUCAUCCAUCCAUGCAACCCUAAUCCAUGUCAAAGCAACCACUUAUGCCAGGUUAACAGAAAGGGCUGUCUUGAUGAAAUGAACUGUCAACCAUAUCUCUGUGUGCCAGGUUGUAAAAUGGGAGAGGCUUCUGAAUUUCUGGUGCAGCAGGACGCUCUCAUCCAAGUUCCAACUCGUGAUGGAGCUCCCAGUUGCCACGAGAUGUGCAGCUGUGGCACCAGUGGGCGCCUGGAAAACUGCGUAGAGAUCCCCUGUGUGGAAACAGACAAGAGCUGCGUUGUAGAUGGCCAACGAAAGAACCACGGGACGACCUUUAGGACUGACUGCAACACAUGUUCCUGCUUCGCUGGAGAAACAAUCUGCUCUACCAGGAAAUGUCCCACAGAAAGUGUCCAUUGGACUUCUAAUGAUUUGCCCUGUAACUGCCCAUAUCGUUUCAUCCCAGUGUGUGCUUCCAACGGGCGGACCUAUCCCAGUGGAUGCGUGGCUCGUUGUAUGGGAUUCAAAGACCACCAAUAUGUCUUUGGCCCCUGCCAUUCCAUUAAACCUUGCUCUGACAUAACCUGCCAGAGAAACCAGAGUCUUUUUCAGCUGUGCAAGGCAGAUAUAUCUUUGCAUGACAAAGAAAUAGUGGGACUUUCAAAAAGGUGCAUCCCGAGGCGGCGUGUUUGUCUGAGCGACUCUUCGGACUGUCCGCAGUAUGAGUGCAUUGGUCGGCCAACAGUCUGCGACAGAAAUAGCAUGGAGCCGGCUUGUGACAUUGAUGGCCGGGUACAUCGUAGCCUGUGCCAUCUGCAGCAGUCUGGAAAGACUCUGGCCUACAUGGGGCACUGCCAGGAGGCCUGCAAGAAGAAAAAAGAAGUGUGUGGUCACAACGGUGAAACGUACAACACGGUGUGUGAGGCCUUCUCUCACCGUGUGGCUGUUGACUACGAGGGUCCCUGUCGUGCCGUAGGGGCUCUGUCGGAUUUAGCUCUAGAUUCAGUGUGUAGUGAGGUGUCCUGUCCACCGAUAUCAAGCCCAGGUUGCCACCCCAUAAUCCCACCUGGAGCCUGUUGUCCCAUAUGUGCCAGUAUGCUGCAGAUCCUCUGGAGCCAGAAGCAGAUUAACACUUUCUCAAAGCUGAACAGGAACCAACCGAUGACCGUCUACAACGUCCUGCAGAUCCUACGGCUCCACAUCUCCGUGCCGCAAUGUGACGUCUUUGGCUACCUGAGCAUUGACAACAGGCUGGUGGUUCUUGUUGCCCCGGUGGAUCACCAACCAACACUUCUGCAGGUGGAGGCCUGCAGUAAGGAGGCCGAGAAGAUUGAUUCUCUCAUCAACUACGCUAGCCCCACUCUGGUGUCCCACGUUCCGCUGUCCGCCUUCCUCAGCUCUGAGAUCAAGACCUCAUCCAUCCACUCUGGGGGCUCUCUGCCGGCACCUGUACCCAUGAGUCUCUGCUUCUGCCUGGUUUUCAUCAUCAUAGCAGCUCCUAGAUUCCAGUAGCUUUAAGUGCCGAUUCUUCCUCCAGUUUUUUUCCCCAAAGUACCCUGUUUCUGAGACUGUUUGGGUUGCCAUGGAAAAGGCCAAGGAGGCCAUUCUGACAAUCAUUCCCAUUGACUGCUGCGUCUUAAACAAUCAAGCUGGGGAAAAGGUUCUUAUUGUAGACCAUUUAUGAAGUAUUAUUAAUUGAUGAGUUACUCACUGGGUUUCCCCCCCUCAGUGGAGGGUGUGUGUAUGGGUGUGUGGGUGUACGAGUGUGUGUGCGUGCGUCCGUGUCCGUGUGCUUGACCUAUUAGAAAUACCUAGCUUUAUAUCAACAGUGUUAUGUCAGGAACAGACUCUUUGAAAGGUAUGAAGGUUGAUCACACACUCUGCGUGUGUGUUUGUUCGCGGAUCCAAGACACAUAGAGGAAACGUUACCUCAUCUCGCAGCACAUCUUUAUGACAAAUGCAUUUACAUAAACACACACCCAAUCACUGUUGGUGAUUGAAGAGGUGUGUGUUGACAGUCAGACCAACAUGUGUAUGAUGAAGCCUCAGUGUUGACCACAUGUACAUCGCAUAUGCAUGUGACAUCUGUGUGGACCUAGUGUUUGAACCUCAGCAGUGUUAUGGACUGGGUCAGGUCCAACAAAUGGAUCCAUUCUUUAAAAUCAGACCCCAUCAAAUAAAAGAACCCUAAAGUUAUGGAAUGCUUCAAGUGCCACAAAAUAUAGGGAUCAUAUACAGACAAAUAUAAAACAUGAAAGUAGCAAUAAAUAGAAUCAAUAGAUAUAAAUACAGAAAGGUGUGUGGAAAAAAAAACUUUAUUUAAUGUCAACUAUUAGUUAUUUUAAGAAACAUGUUAUAAUUUUUAUUUUAAUGUACUUUGAAUCUUCUUUUCAUAUAUUUUUUAACUUUUAUUUUAGCUUCCAAUUUUACAUUGUAGCUUUUCACAGUCUCUCCUGAUCUACCUCCUUUUAGUUUACUGUCUUAUCUUUCCUUUCUGAUCUCAAAUAAACCUUUCUGUUCAGAUCAACAAAAGAGCUGCAGAAAAAUGGAAAGAGCAAUAGAAAACAAAUGAUAAAAACAAUGACCAAUGACAUUUAAAAAAUACUUAUGAGCUCAAGAUGUAGAAACAUAAAAGCAAAAAAUUUAACUAAACAUUUAUUUUAGCUCAUUUGAAAAAUGAGCUAAAAUUUGAAACAUCAAAAUGGUGAAAAUGGUAAGAAAAAGUGUACUGGCAGACAAAAGAAAUGUCAUUGUCAAGUUUCCAGAGGAUUUCUUGACAAUUAAGCCUAACAUGAUGAAUGCAGUGAUAUAUUGCAGGCUCUUGCUGGAAUGUCUGCUUAUAAGACAUCAGAGCUCAACUGACACAAGAAGUCUGGUAUUCAGCCGUGUGAUCCUGUUGUAAUAAACAACAAAAGAAUCGUGCAGUGCUGACUCCCACAGAAAGCAACAAAACUCUUGCGCUUUUCAGGUGGAGGACUGCAGUAAGGAGAUCGAGCUCUUCUCGAUUAUGCUAUUGCAAUAAACAGCAUCACAUGGCUUGUCUGAAGCAUGUCAGCCAUAUUGCUUGUAGAACUUACUGGUUAGCUUGUGAGUAAUACUUUAUGUUGCUCUUCUAGAACUCUCCUUAUAUUAAAUCAUCAAAAUACUUGUUCCUGGGGCUAAUAAAUUCACAUUCAAGCUGCACCAUUCUUCACAGCUGUGUAUCUAUGCUUGUUUUACACAGUAAUAAAAACUAUAUAUUUUUUCACAGUCUUCAAUUUUCUCUUAUAUCUUCCUGUUUCUCUGAUAGGUAUUUUCUUCUUUAAUUGUUUUAUACUUUUAUUUACACAUUAAUUUAUUUACAGAGUGUAUUUCCUCAUAUUUUAUCUUUUUUGUGGCACUGCUGUUGUUCCAUACUGAUCUAAUUUGAUGAAGAAUGCAAGCUCAGGUGACCAAAAAUCAGGUCACCUGAUAAAGACAAAAUUGGUGAUUUUUCCACGGUUACUUUGAGCUUUUAGUGAACACCUCAUCUGACGUGGGGCUCAUAAAGUUUAAAAAUAAGAACUAGAGUCUGAGUGUGUUCAGGUACAUCAGUGAAUUCUAGUUGUAGCUAAAGACUGUUUUAUAUUUGAUGAGCACCAUCUCAAACAAAAGCCUCUCCUUGUGUUCUGUCACUAGGUGAAUGGUCCAUGACUAAAUAAUGGCUGGACUUCCUGUCCCUUUGUUGGUGCUAUAUCUCUAAAGAGAAUGAACAGUCUGUAGACAUUAAGAAUGAGAAGCCAUUCAAAUAACAAAAGGACAAUCAGCUAGUUCCUACCUGUAGCACAUGUGGCCUGGAGAACAGUAUUUUUUCACAGGAUGCCUUGCAUAUAAUCUUAUAUGAAGUAUUAUUGAAGAUGCAAUAAAUAUGUAUUUGUUUAGAAAUGUCUGUAUUUGCAAUAGACUUGAUAAGGAUUUGUAAUGAUGCCCCAUGUUUGUAAAACCAGCUGGUAUUUUCAUUAUUAUUAUUAUUAUUGUUGUUAUUAUUAUCGCAUGAUGAAAAUAUCUUAAUUCCAGGUGUGUACUGUGGUGUGUGUUGUCUUGUUCCCGUGUUUGUCUGCCUGCACAGCAUAAUGUGUUGCUAUCUCUAUCAGUAUUAUUGUGUUGGGCAGUCCUGUAGCAGGGAACCCCAACAUGCAUUCCUCCAUCUAUUAUUGUUUUCCUUUUUAUUAUUACUAUAUAAAGUUCUAAAAUCUGAAUCUUGUCUCUGUUUUUUGGAUGAUUUUGGAUUCAGUGAUAGUUAGCAUAGUUACUUGAUUGUGCGAUAAUAAACAUAAUGCUACCUCCUUAA